CCCAAAAAUUUGAAGCUGGAAACAGCACAACUCUCUCUCUCUCUCUCUCUAAAGAUCUGAAACUAUUCACAAAUCCACUUUUAACUUUGGAGACUCUCUCUCUAGCUUUCGCUUUGGGUAGUCAUCUUCCUCGCCCCAUUCUUCUUCUAUAUUUCGGCAUUAGAGAUCAUCGCCUAUUUUCUAGCAAAACUCCCAUUUUCCAGCUACAAAAUAUACUUAUUUUUUCAAAUACGGCGCCGCUCCUCUACAAAAAUCUUAGCUCCGCAUAACCCAUUAAAUAUUCCUUGGAUUAUCGACAAAAACUUGAACAACUCUUUUGAUUUCCAGUUAUAUUUACCAUUUUUAGUUGAAUAUAUACUACCUGAGACUUCCUUGGGUUUAUAUUUUAUUGAAGUCUCCUCAUUUUCCGAUCCAGAAAUAAACCUCGAACAGUUUGGAUUUUAGCGCUCAACAUUUCCUGGUUUCUUUGGAUCUAAUCUUGCUUCUCGUCGAUUUUGUUGUACUUGAUGAUUUUUGGCUAAAAUAUGCAACCUGAUCAGCGGAAAAAGACAGAUGUAGAUUUCUUCACAGAAUAUGGUGAAGGAAGCAGAUAUAAAAUCGAGGAGGUUAUUGGCAAAGGUAGCUAUGGUGUCGUCUGCUCUGCAUUUGAUACCCAUCUAGGAGAGAAAGUUGCCAUUAAGAAGAUAAAUGAUAUAUUCGAACAUGUCUCUGAUGCCACACGCAUCCUUCGGGAAAUUAAGCUUCUCAGGCUUCUUCGUCAUCCAGAUAUUGUGGAAAUCAAACAUAUUUUGCUGCCUCCUUCUAGGAGGGAAUUCAAGGACAUAUACGUAGUGUUUGAACUAAUGGAAUCAGAUCUCCAUCAGGUCAUUAAAGCAAACGAUGACUUGACUCCAGAACAUUACCAGUUUUUUCUUUAUCAGCUUCUUCGAGGCUUGAAAUACAUACAUACAGCUAAUGUGUUUCACCGAGACUUGAAGCCAAAGAAUAUCUUAGCCAAUGCUGACUGCAAACUGAAGAUUUGUGAUUUUGGUCUUGCAAGGGUGGCUUUCAAUGAUACUCCCACAGCAAUAUUUUGGACCGAUUAUGUUGCAACAAGGUGGUACAGAGCUCCCGAAUUGUGCGGGUCCUUUUUCUCUAAGUAUACUCCUGCAAUCGACAUUUGGAGUAUUGGUUGCAUAUUUGCGGAGCUUUUGACCGGAAAACCUUUAUUCCCCGGGAAGAACGUUGUUCACCAGUUAGAUCUCAUGACCGACCUUUUGGGAACCCCGCCUCCCGAAACCAUUGCAAGGAUAAGAAACGAAAAGGCUCGACGGUACUUAAGUAGCAUGAGGAAAAAGAAGCCAAUUCCUUUAUCCUACAAAUUUCCGAAUGCAGACCCCUUAGCACUUCGCUUGUUAGAAAGAAUGCUGGCUUUUGAUCCCAAGGACAGACCUUCUGCAGAAGAGGCUCUUGCAGAUCCAUACUUCCGUAACUUGGCUAGAGUUGAGAGAGAACCUUCUGCACAGCCGGUGACUAAAAUGGAAUUUGAAUUUGAAAGGCGAAGGAUUACGAAGGAGGAUGUUAGAGAAUUGAUAUAUAGAGAGAUUCUUGAAUACCACCCAAAGAUGUUGAAGGAAUUCUUAGAGGGAGCUGAACCUACAGGCUUUAUGUAUCCUAGCGCUGUCGACAAAUUCAAGAAGCAAUUUGCAUAUCUCGAGGAGCAUUACGGAAAUGGAACUGCCGGAAAUGGAGCUGCCGCUCCACCGGAGAGACAACACUCAUCAUCUUUGCCAAGGUGCAGGCCAUGUGUAUUAUAUUCUGACCACUCAAAUCCGACACCUGCUGAGCUUGCCAACGAUCUUUCCAAAUGUACCAUUAAAGAAGCUGAGACACGAUUUCCUGUCCAAGUCCCUCCUCAAAGUAUCCAAGCAGGGGCAGCUGCAAGACCUGGGAAGGUGAUCGGUUCAGUUCUGCGUUACAACAAUUGUGGAGCGACCGCAGCAUCAGCAGAGGCUACAGAACAGCGAAAAGUAGUUAGGAAUCCUGGUAUACCUGCUCAAUAUCUCGUCCCCAGCUCAUCUUACCCGAGGAAGCACCCGAGCUGUAAAAAUGAGAGGGGGGAGGAUGGCCCCGAAGGAUCCAACGGGAUGCAGCCCAAACCUGAUCUAUAUGUCGCUAGAAAAGUCGCUGCUCAAGGUGGAAACGGAAGCCACUGGUAUUGACCUUUCACGGCGUGACACCAACUGCUGAUGGACUGGUUCCACUGGCCAUCUUAGAGCUCGUCCAAGGUCAGUUAGUCAGUUGUAAAUCCAAUCUAUGUCGAAACUAUGCUAACUUCACUAGAUUGUUGUUUAACUUCCAAGUUGCUGAGGUAAACUAGAAAUGGCUGUAUAGUCGCAAUCGCCACUUCCAUGAAUACUUCUCCAUGUUCGUCGUCAUCGUCCCUUUCAGGAAUUCAGAUAGCAAGUGAGAGAUCUGCAGGGAGAGUUGGCAAGAAAGACUGUGUUUGUAAUUUUAAUAAGUGCUAUUCGCUAAUUCGACACUGAUUCAAGAACUCAGAGAGGGAAAAUAGCCUUUCAUGUUGAGGAAUAUCAGUGAUGUUUCUGUAUUAGCUGUUUCUUCUGGUUUAUUGCUGUAAAACUCACAGCUGAAAUACUGUUUAUUGCUUAACGUUUAAUAUAGUGAGUUAUUCCUAAUUA